AUGUCGAAUAAACUUCUUUUAUGCCUUCAGUUAUUCCUGUACGCUAGCACUUGCCUAGCCGAAGCAUCGAUUCUCUUCCAAGACGCAGCUGCGGUCAUUUCCUUCAACAGAACCAGUGAAACUUUACGAGUGAUCUACAAUGCCUCAGUGCUUGUCACAGGAAAAACCAUUGCAGCAAUCGACACUCAUCGACAUGCGUGGCAGACGGCCUUUAAAACAUUGGGUUCGAACACUAGUCUGGCGGAAUACUUUGUGCGAUAUGGCGAGUUCUCACCGGCCAAGAAGAUCUUCACUCCAGAGGACGUGUAUAUAGGUCAGUUAACUGGGCUGUACGAGUCUCUUAACAGCGGAGUAACUUCCAUCCUGGACCAUGCGCAUCAUACUUGGUCUAGUGAGACCGCACUGGCUGGCCUUCAAGCCUCGGUGGACAGCGGAGCCAGGACCUGGUGGUGCUAUGCCUUUCAUAACCUCAGCGACGCGACCUGGGUUUCCAAUUAUACCCGGGAGGACCAAAUGGCAGAUUUCCUCCAUAUUGCAAAGGAUGGCCCAUGGCGAAAGAGCGACACUGUUUCUCUAAGAAUUGCUUAUGAUAACUUCGCUAUGGAAGAUGUUGCCGAGAUUGAGCAGAUUAUCUCCUUGGCUUUGUCACAAAACGUUUCUGCAUUCACAAUGCACUACCUUGGCGGUCCUUGGAGUUACGCAAACAGCCCUCAACUGGUCGAUCAAUACAACUUCCUCAACACACCUAUUCCAAUUGUCUUUUCCCACGCCUCUUACCUGACAGUGAAGGACGCCGAACUGCUUCGUUCAGCAAACCAAUAUAUCUCCAUCACUGGGGAAUCAGAGCGACACUAUGGACACGGACACCCACGCAGCCAGUACAUUAUGGACCAAAGCUCCCUAGGAAUCGACACCCACUUCACCUACAGCGCCGAUAUCGUCGGCCAAGCGCGCAUGUGGCUGCAGGAGGUGAGGCUUCGCCUGUACGCCCAGGUCCUUGACCAUUGGGACAUUCCUCCCAAUAACCCCAUGUCUGUCGAACAAGCCUUUUUAUUGGCAACGCGUGCGGGCGGGCUUGCCCUACGCCGCCCAGACAUUGGUGUACUGGUCAAAGGCGCAAAGGCUGAUCUCGUCGUCUUUGACGGUACCUCACCGAAUAUGCUGGGUUGGGAUGACCCGGUGACAGCGGUGAUUCUGCACUCUAACCCCGGAGAUGUUGAGCACGUCCUUGUAAUUGGGGAGCUUCGGAAACGGGACUUCAAACUCGUCGUCCCUGGUAACCUCGCUCUAAUCCAGCAGAGAUUUCUUGCCUCUGCUAGGCGCAUCAAAGAGGUAUGGAAGCAAAUGCCGCCUCCUGUAUUGGAGGGCUCGUUUCCGUACACACCAGGUGUUAAUUACUCCGAAGCUGUGACCGCCGAUGUGGUGCGUGGGUGGGAAAAUGGGUAUCUGUCAUCUUGA